AUGACAAUACUGUACUUCCUGGGUAUACCUGAGAGACAGCGGGAGUCCACAGUGAUGUAUGUGAACGUUCCACUGGAGCCAUCAUCCAUCACGCCUCUACUGGAGUGGUGUCCCCUGCUGGAGACGUCAAACGCAAGCCUGGCUGGUAACGCCAACAUGUCCAAAGAGGAACAGUUGAUGAGGGAGAGGAAGAGACUGGGUGUAUAUGGGAUCACAUCGUUUGAAGUCACAGACGAGAGGCGGUUACUGUUCCCAGCCGGCAAUGCCCUCUACACAUGCACAGACAGUAACCUGGCUAGCACCAUCCCAAUUGUUCCGGAGCCUAUCCCUACUGAGGUCCAAGGGGCCAGAAUGGACCCCAAAUCCUGCCCAUCCAAUCCCAAUAUUGUGGCUUUUGUGCGAAGUAACGACCUCUGGGUGUGCAAUGUGGACACUAAGCAGGAGUUGAGACUGACUUUCACUAACAAAGGGACAGGAGAUGUGAGGCAGGACUGGGUCAGUUCUGGGGUGCCUUCCUUUGUGGUUCAGGAAGAGUUUGACAGGUACACAGGAUAUUGGUGGGACCCUGUAUGUAGAGACGGACGAACAUACAGGAUACUCUAUGAGGAAGUGAAUGAAUCUGAAGUGGAUAUUAUACAGAUUUAUCUGCCUCUGGAUGACAAGGGAGUGGACGAGUACCGGUAUCCACGCGCGGGUAAAACCAACGCUGACAGCUGUCUGAAGAUGGCACAGUUCACUGUUGGAAAUGAUGGCAGGUUUGAGGAUGAAGUCAUCAUGCUGAGGUUGUUUGAGCCUCUGUCAAGUCUUUCAGUGGACUCGGAGUACCUUGCCAGGGCAGGAUGGACACCAGACGGAAACUUCGUCCACUGUCAGAUGUUGAAUCGGGUCCAGACCAAUCUCACCCUGUACCUGAUCCCUCGAGAGUGUUUUGUCACAGAGGCCCGGUACCAGCCUAGCUCACAGACACGGACAGACGCCCAGUAUGAACCUGUCCCACUGCCACCUGUACAUGUCCUACUGGAGGAAACCUCCGACAUCUGGGUCAAUAUCACAGACAUACUGCAUUUCCUGCCGGCCAGGCCCGACUCUAGGGAUGUAGGGUUUCUGUGGAUGUCAGAGAGAUCAGGAUACCGGCAUCUCUAUCGGGUCAGUGCAUCACUGACUCAUCAUGGACAGACUCAGCAAACAGUGAUGUCCUGUGAGAGUGAGAUCACACAGAUCACCACUGGGGACUGGGAGGCGUCCUCUAAAGAGAUAUGGGUGGACGAAACACGAGGUCUGGUCUACUUCCUUGGACUAAAGGACACUCCACUUGAAACACAUCUGUAUGUAGUCUCCUACCAGACCCCGGGUCCUGUCUACAGACUCACUGAGCUUGGGUACACUCACAACGUCACACUGGAUAAGGCUUGCUCCAUGUUUGUGACAGUGUUCAGCGCUGUGAACUCAGCUCCCCAGUCUGCUCUGUACAGAAUAGAGAUCUCACCCCAGUCUGUACAGACUCAACCCCUGGCCAUUAUCAUGUCAUCCACAGACUUUCCUGACUACAGCUACCCAGUGAUGUUCAACUACAAGAGCAAGUCAGGCCACACAAUGUAUGGGAUGUACUACCGGCCCCACAAUUACCAGCAAGGGGUCAAGUACCCCACAGUGCUGUUUGUGUAUGGGGGACCGCAUGUACAGCUGGUGACCAACUCCUUCAAAGGGCUCAAGCAUGUACGACUGCACACACUGGCUGCGGAAGGUUUUGCUGUUGUCAUUAUUGAUGGAAGAGGCUCGUGUAGUCGAGGGAUCAAGUUUGAAAGCCAUAUUAAAAACAGACUGGGCACUACAGAGAUAGAGGAUCAAGUGGAGGGUUUACAGUGGCUGGCAUCACAUGUAGAUUUUAUAGACGAAGAUAGGAUAGCAAUACACGGAUGGUCUUAUGGUGGCUACCUCUCCUUAAUGGGCCUGGCUCAGAGGCCUGAUAUAUUCAAGGUGUCUAUAGCCGGCGCCCCGGUUGUAGACUGGCACCUGUACGACACUGGUUAUACGGAGCGGUACAUGGACCUGCCCACUAACAACCUGUACGGGUAUCACCGUGGCAACGUGCUCACAUAUGUGGACAGCUUACCGGAAGAUGAGAAUCGUCUACUGAUCGUGCAUGGUCUGAUGGAUGAGAAUGUCCAUUUCCUACACACAAGCAAACUGGUGAACGCUCUCGUGAAGGCCUGCAAACCACACACUCUACAGUUGUAUCCCAAUGAGAGACAUGGCAUCAGAAGUCAUGAGGCGUCUGAACACUACCGUGUCCUGGUGCUUAACUUCCAAAAACACAACCUGUGAUAUGUACAAAUAACUUAGGAGAGUAGUCUUCGAUACACAGUACAAAACACUCAACGUGGUGAUGGAAACCUUUGGUACAACAUGAAAAAAAACAAGUUGUCAUGGAUACACAGUUCAGAACACUUCAUGCACAGUACAGAGUGUGAUAAACAGAGUAGUUCAUGAAACUCUUACAGUUGUCUUGGUUACUGUAAGAGUAGAUUUAGAAACUUCUUACAGGAAAAAAGCACUGUGUUUCAAAUGGGAUCUGUACUAUGCAGUCAUCGUGUGUCACUGAUACAACAACAUUGAAACCAGUACAAUACACACUGUCUCACAUUCAGCUUUAGAAUGUUAACUGAUUUGUACUGUUCAUUAAUGAUUGGGCCGUGCUCUGUAAAAAGGGGGGUUUAAUGCAUGUGCGUAAAAUAACUUCACAGAUAAGCCUGUGCAGUCUGCACAGGCUAAUC